AUGUCUCCGGCGCGACUCGUCACGUCACCUGAGCGAUCCAAGCGCCGGCGGCUCAACACUCCGUCUCCUGUGAGAGUCCGGUCGUACUCCAGUAUGUCGCGCUUGCUGGUGCAGGAGGUCGAGGAUGAAGCUGCACCUCCCACGGAACUCCAUCUGACCGAGGUCGAAACGACCUUCAAGAACUUGUUACUCGAUGUGGCCAAAUACAUUGAUGAGACUCCAGCCGCAGUCCAUGUCGAGGGUCAAGUCGCACUCCCAGAGGAUCUCGCCAAGCAGCCGCUAGUAUUGCGGUGGACAGGAGGUUGGGUACGGGACAAGCUUCUGGGAGUGCAGAGUCACGAUAUCGAUGUUGCCAUUAACAAGAUGACGGGCUACCAGUUCGGCCUCAGGAUGAAGGAAUACCUCGAGAUUUCGGGCAACCUCGAGAAGUAUGGACUGGACUCUGUCGCGCGAGAUGACGGGCAAAGUCAGAAAGCCGGCGCUACUGACAAGUCGAAAACUGUUGGAGGCCUGCACAAAAUUGAAGCCAAUCCGGAAAAGUCGAAGCAUCUCGAGACGACCACCGUUCGCAUUUUGGGCUUGGAUGUAGACUUUGUGAAUCUUCGGAAGGAGACUUACUCCGAUGACAGCAGAAAUCCUCAGAUGGAGUUCGGGACGCCCGAAGAGGAUGCUCUCCGCAGAGACGCUACAGUCAAUGCCAUGUUCUACAACAUUAACACUGGCGAGAUUGAAGAUUAUACGAAGCGUGGCCACGAAGACAUGCGCAUGAAGGUCAUAAGAACGCCACUCGAGCCAUACCAGACCUUCAAAGACGAUCCGCUACGGGUUCUGAGGUUGAUUCGCUUUGCGAGCAGACUGGGCUACACCAUAGUUCCAGAAGCACUAGAUGCGAUGGGUAACGCCGACAUCAAAGAUGCGCUGCGACGAAAGAUCAGUAGAGAGCGGGUUGGUGUAGAGCUCGACAAGGCACUCCAGGGUCCUGAUCCACAUGAAGCGAUGCGACUGAUAUUCUCCCUCAAUCUCUACGAGACAAUAUUCUCAGACCCUGCUGUCAUUGCCGUUGACCACUACACGCCCGACGAAGAAGGAUGGCAGACCAUUAUCGACGCUCUGAAUGAGAUCAUCAACAACGGCGACGUGCUACAGCAGCAUUUGGCUCGGGACAAAGACGAGCAGUAUCUCGCUUGGAUGCUGGCGGCUGUAGUCCCAUACAGAGAUGCGCCACAGCCUGAGCCUUCGGAGCCAGGUAGGAAGCCACCGCCACCAAUUUCAGUCACCGUCGCAAGAGAGGGGGUGAAGGCGACGAACAAGACGAGCGACGUCAUACUAGCCGCUGUUCGUCAUCAAGAAGAAAUCUCGAAUCUGGUGGAUCAGCUAUAUCAGAAGCAACGAAGACCAGACAAGAAGUGGGAAAGCGAGGACCCGGCUGCACGGGAUGUACUGGGCAUGGCUGUUCGGAGAUGGGGCUCUAGCUGGCGAAGUCAAGUACUCUAUUCAAUGCUGGUCGACACUGCCAACAGCCCGGAUCAGCUUGAAAGUGAGUUUUUGAAGUUAUCGUUUCAUUUCACCGCUAAUAUGAUUGCAGCAAUCCAACGCAAAUACACUACUUUUCUCGACCAACUCCAGGCCCUUGACCUCCUCGAAGUCUGUACGCUCAAACCUCUCCUCGACGGAAAAGCUCUCGCCAAAGCAAUCGGCACACCACCCGGUCCAUGGAUGAAAGACGCCUUGGACGUCGUCAUGGCCUGGCAACUCCGCAAUCCCGACGCGAAAGACCCUCAACAAGCGAUUGAAGAAGUCAAAGCCCAUCAAAGCAACACUUCCAAUGGAAAUGGUGAGCUCGCAUCGGACCUCAUUCGUCACUUUCUCAAGCUGACGAUUCGUCCCCUCUUCAUCAAGGCCAAGCCCGAUAAUGUCACCGGACAGGGAAGGAAGGCCGCUACAGCGUCACUGCCGAAGAAGCUGGGUAUGCAGACGGAAGAUGAGAGUAUCACGAAGCCGUGGAAGUCUACCAAAGACGCAUUCUCUCUGGACCUACUGAGAUGGGUUGUGAGAAGGCUGGAUGCGAAGCUGGCCGCGCAGUUCUGGCCUUUGAUUGUGCCACCCAUUCUCACUCUGAUAGAUGACUGGGAAGCGAAAUACAAAACCGUCGGGGCCGAAUUCCUCCAUGGACUUCUAAAGGCCACGCCUCACGAACUCCUCCGACGAACCGGUCUCGGCGAGGUCUUCGAAGAAGCCCUCAUGCCUUGCCUCAGCUGCCUCCCCACCCUAACACCAGAACCCGAAUCCUUGGCCCUCCUCAACCAAGCCUACCCAACUCUCCUCACUCUAACCAACCUCCGCCAUCCACCACCACCAACUUCCAACCCACAACGCAUCAAAGCCCUCGACAGCAUCCUCCGCCGCGGCCCUCUCCAAUCAUACUCCCUCCUCCCCCCACACGUCCCCUCCAUCCGAGCCACGCUCCUCGCCCACCUCACCACCCUCCUCGAUCUCCUCGACCUAAACUCCGUGAAACACAUCAUAGAUGUCCUCCCCCUCAUCGCUGACGUCCUCGGUCGCCCGUAUAAUCCCGACAAUAGAGAAAUGCUGUUCCGUGCUGCGGACGCUCUGCAGGCGCUGAUGAGGAAUUGCUGGCCGAGGAUCGCGCGUUGGCGAGGGGAGAUUUGCAACGGGAUUUGUCUUCAGUGGACGGCGGCGGCGGCGGCGAGUUCGGAGGAGGGGGUAGAAGAUUGGAGGGAGAAAUUGAGAGAGACGGUGAAGUUACUCGAGGUGGUGGUGGAAGCGCAACAGGAAGAAGAUGUGGACUGGCGCGCGGAGAGCGAAAUGCUGGUCGAAGCCGAUGAGAGAUUGGUGGGACUCUUUGGAGCAGGGAAAAAGGAGAGUGAAUGA